GCCGCCCCCGGGGCCGGGGGAGGGACCGGAGCGGGGCUGCCCGGCGCUGCAGCGGGCGGAGCCGGGGCUCGGCGGGGCCGCCUCCCGGUCGAGCCCAGCCGUACCGUACCGUGCCGUGCCGUGCCGUGCCGAACCGAGCCGAGGCGAGCCGGGCGCUGCCGGGCGGAGCGGAGCCCCGCCGAGCCGCGCCGCACCGGGCGGCACCGGGCGGCACCGGCGGUACCGGCGGCAGCGGCCCCGGCGCUCUCCGCGGUGCUGAACGGCUCCGCCGCGCCCGCAGGACGCGCCGCCGGCGGGGCCCGGCCCGGCCCGGCCCGGAGCGGCUCGGCCCGGCCCCGAGCGGCCGCGGGGGAUGGAGCCUUUCCUCGGCUGCACCGGCGCCGCGCUCCUGCUCUGCUUCAGCUACGCCGGUCUGCGCCCGGUGGAGGCAGACAGCCCAUCGGCUCCAGUAAAUGUCACAGUCAAACACCUGAAAGCCAACUCGGCCGUGGUCACUUGGGAUGUCCUGGAAGAUGAAGUCGUCAUUGGAUUUGCAAUUUCCCAGCAGAAGAAGGACGUGCGGAUGCUGCGCUUCAUCCAGGAGGUGAACACCACCACCCGCUCCUGUGCCCUCUGGGACCUAGAGGAGGACACUGAGUACAUUGUGCAUGUCCAGUCCAUCAGCAUCCAAGGCCAGAGCCCUGCCAGUGAGCCAGUCCUCUUCAAGACCCCCAGGGAAGCUGAGAAACUAGCCUCUAAAAAUAAAGAUGAGGUGACGAUGAAGGAGAUGGCGAAGAAAAACCAGCAGCUGCGAGCGGGGGAGAUUCUCAUCAUUGUCGUGGUGCUGUUCAUGUGGGCAGGGGUGAUCGCCCUGUUCUGCAGACAGUACGACAUCAUCAAAGAUAACGAGCCCAACAACAGCAAGGAGAAAGCCAAGAGCGCCUCGGAGAACAGCACACCCGAGCACCAGGGCGGGGGCCUCCUGAGGAGCAAGUUUCCAAAAAACAAGCCCUCAGUGAACAUCAUUGAAGCAUGACAGCCUGACACCUGAGAGAUGGACUCCAUGCCUCACUCUCACUCUGCCUCUGAGCCGCGAUGACUGGGGAGGUGAAACAUUGUGGGAGCGAUUUGCAAAACAAGACCUCGUGAUUGUCACUCUGCUGGCAUCCACCUCCUCAUCUGUGUUUCUGCAAAACAUCUGGCCGGGAAGGGAAAUCCUGAAAAAAAACCAACAAAACCAAACCCUGACACCCAAACAAAGAAGAUGGAGAAGAAUCAGCGAUGCUGGAGUGAUCCGUGAUGCUCCCACGCUCACACUCCAUCUUCUGGGACAGUUUUCCUGGUUUUUGGGAAUGCACAAGGUUCUGUAGUGUCUUUCUCUGGUCUCACUGUCACUCCAUCCCUGGCAGUACUCCCAGGCACCAGGCACAUCCCCCUCUGAGCAGGAAUGGAGGGAAGCUCAUGGCAAACACCACCGAGAAGCCAAAUUUUGGCUGCAGUGCGCUCGGGCCCCGCUUCGUUCAUCGAUGUGUGUCGUGUAACACGUCUUGCAGGUGGGUUUUUCAAACAAAAAAGGCAUCCCCCAGUUCUCAUUUCCACCAGGAGAACCUGCCUGGCUGUCCUCCAGCUGGGCUGCAGCACAUUCUCCACUGCUGCUGUCUCUCCUCUCUCACACUGGUGCUCUUCACCUCAGAAAAAUCGGGGAACACUGAGGCACAGACCAACAUGAGGGGACACCAGAAGCUGCUCUUUAGCUUCCAGGAUAAUUUCAACCAUUUUCUUCGUGGUAUUUUCAGCUGGGCCUGAGUCCACCACCAAUGGGAUAAAAGGUCCAUAAAAAUGUAGCCAGUCAGCAAAAAAAAAACAAAAACAAACCAGAAAAAGACAAAAUACCUGAUGAUACCGGUUGCUAUGCAAGGUCUGCAGGGGCAGGAGCUGUUUAUUGUGGAAGGCUCUGGCCUGAGGGGCCUUUUUUUUGAGGGCUUAAGUUCUUAAAAUGCUUCUUUUUAGUGAAGUUUCUGUGUGGGAAGGGCUGGUUCUCCUCACACAUCCUGCCUGUGCUGUUCUCCUGACGUUGGAAGGGCAGGAGGCUGCUGGAGACAACCCUUCCCAAAAAGGGAUGAGGACGGAGGGGAAAGGGCUGGGCUUCUCCUCUCUCUUAGGAAGUGCUGGAUGUUUGUAAGCUGACAGGAUCCCUGGGGAUUGCUGGUGCUCUGGAACGCUGGGAGAUGCAGGACCAUGACAUGAAAAAGAUUUAUUCUUUGUCGUGUGCCAUGGGGUAUCUGUGUUUAUUUAACUCCUCCACAAGACCACUCCACAUGCACUUAGGGGAUGAGGAAGGAUCCGACUUGUUCCAUCCAAUGCCAACAGAGGUUGGCCUGAGGAAGGUUUGGAGGAGCCUGGGUUGGGAGCUCCUGCACAGAAACAGGCUGGCAGUGAGGAGCUGCCAUCUCUCCUCUAUCCCUGUCACCAGCUUUUCCCAAAGAGCUGGUUUGGGAAAAGGAAGUUCUCCUGAAGAUGUCCUGCUUCCAGCCAGGCCAACCCCAAAGGUGGCUCCAGGAUCCUUUGCCUGAACAUACUCUUCCAUCACCAAGAAGGAGAGGUCACCACCUCUGAUACAGACAGAGCAAUAAACAUUUUAUAAUGUACAAUAAAAGAUUAAAGGCA